AGACUCGGGAUUGCUAGUGAGGCCUCUGGGCUGCGACCCACCUCGCAGAGGGGUUUGCACUAAGGCGCUGGGCGCCUGGCUCCGGGCGCUGUGGACCAUGGCUCCGCCCCAGGCGCCCAACAGGGACCGUGCAGGCCGGGAGGAUGAGGACCGUUGGGAAGCACGGGGGGACCGCAAGGUGCGGACAGGGGCUGCGGGUGGAUGGGCCUGCGGGAGGCUGCACGGGCCAGGGGCUCAGUAGCCGCUUCCCACAGGCCCGGAAGCCCCUGGUGGAGAAGAAGCGACGCGCGCGGAUCAACGAGAGUCUUCAGGAGUUGCGGCUGCUCCUAGCCGGCACCGAGGUGCAGGCCAAGCUAGAGAACGCCGAGGUGCUGGAGCUGACUGUGCGACGCGUGCAGGGCGCUCUGCGAGGCCGGGCGCGCGAGCGGGAGCAGCUGCAGGCUGAAGCAAGCGAGCGCUUCGCUGCUGGCUACAUCCAAUGCAUGCAUGAGGUGCACACGUUCGUGUCCACGUGCCAAGCCAUCGAUGCCACUGUCUCAGCUGAACUCCUGAACCACCUGCUAGAGUCCAUGCCGCUGCGCGAGGGUAGCAGCUUUCGGGAUCUGCUGGGGGACUCCCUAGCUGGGCUGCCUGGAGGCUCUGGGAGGAGCAGCUGGCCUCCAGGAGGGUCCCCAGAGUCCCCAUUGUCCAGUCCCCCAGGUCCCGGGGACGACCUGUGUUCUGACCUAGAGGAGAUCCCGGAGGCUGAACUAAACCGGGUGCCUGCCGAGGGGCCAGAUUUGGUGCCCACAUCCUUAGGCAGCCUGACCUCAGCUCGCCGGGCCCAGAGUGUGUGGAGACCUUGGUGACCAACACUUACCAGGGACCUGUGAAUGGUGGGUGGGCUGCCAUCCUUAAGUUUGCUUCCUUCUUGGCUAUCAGAUGAGGUGGAGAUAGCCCAGGAUAACCCCCAGAUAUGCCUUCCCCACUGUCCAAUGAAUGGAUGGCUUGUAUGGUAACCCUGAUGACCAGCCCCUGCAGGUCCCUAGCACUAUUUUGUGAGGGAAUCAAUUUCAUGGACCCUAGAGCUCUGGAUGGGGGCCGGGGUGGGGGUGGGGGAGGACACUACAGAAAGAAGGGAGACUCCUGUAGAGCUACCAGGACUCCCUCAUGUUCACCUUUCCCUAGGAUCUAGGGCAGAAGUGGCCAAUCUUGAGGCUGAGCAUGAGUGUCCUGGGCAGGGACACACAGGCCAUAGCAGUCCUGACCUGAAUAGAAGUUCAGAUUUGCUACUCUGGCUAGGAGACCAGGAGAGGCAAGCAUAUUCCGCAGUCACUGAGAGGUGCUCCCUGUUUGUAACAGUUGCGUGUGUGAAUGUGGUUGCCGUCGGAUGUUCCAAUUGAAUUAAAUAAAGAACUCUGGAGUUAGUCGCC